UUAGUCACCGGACACUCGCCGUCGCGCACUUUAUGACGUGUCAUGGCAGCGCUCGAGAUGUGAUAAGCGUUACCCGCGACGACUCGCGCAAUCCCCGAGCGAAAGAAGAACCUUCGCAACGUAAGACGUAACGUAUGAUGCGAACGACGCUUUCAUGUAGGAGAGUACAAAAGCAGGAAACGCGGUAGGCAGAACUUUUUAUCAAAGGAGACCAGUGCCCGCGACUCGUGACAGCAAUGAGAACGACGACGGUUGUCUUCUGUGCAUUGUCUGUACUCUACGGCGCCUCGGCUUUCUACCUGCCUGGUCUGGCGCCCGUGAAUUAUUGCAAGGCCAGCGAAACCUCCUCUAACUGCAAGUCUGAAAUUAAAUUGUAUGUAAAUCGAUUGAAUACGGAGAAGUAUGUUAUACCUUACGAGUACAGUCACUUUGACUUCUGUACCGUGGAAGACGGACAGUCACCGGUUGAGAAUCUGGGACAGGUUGUAUUUGGGGAACGCAUACGACCAUCUCCGUACACUUUGGAAUUCUUGAAAGAUGUCAAGUGUUCCAAAACGUGCAUUAAAACCUAUACAGGAGGUGACGCAGCUUCAGAGAAGAAGCUGCAAUUAUUGAGGAAAGGGAUGGCGAUGAAUUAUCAACAUCACUGGAUCGUUGAUAACAUGCCAGUGACGUGGUGUUACCAGCUCGAAGACGAACGACAAUAUUGUAGUACCGGCUUCCCGAUGGGUUGCUUUUCCAAAGAAUCGAAGUUACAGCAAGAUACUUGCACUAUACACGGACCGUACAACAAACCGAACACUUAUUACCUGUUCAAUCAUGUGAACCUUACUAUAACCUAUCACAGUGGUGGUUCGGAGGAGUGGGCAUCGGGCUUUGGAGACAACGGCGGUCGUAUUAUAUCCGUGAAAGUCAUGCCUCACAGUAUCAAGCAUACCAGCACGAUCGACUGUGAGAGUCAAAUACCACUGGAAAUACCUGGAAAUACCAAUGCGCUCGCGAAUGGACAAACGUUCCAAGUGACGUACACGUAUUCCGUGAAAUUCGUGAGGAAUAACACAAUCAAAUGGUCAUCCAGAUGGGACUACAUUCUAGAAUCGAUGCCGCAUACAAACAUUCAGUGGUUCAGCAUCCUCAACUCGUUAAUUAUCGUUCUGUUCCUUUCCGGCAUGGUGGCCAUGAUAAUGCUUCGUACUCUGCACAAAGACAUCGCGCGAUAUAAUCAGGCCUACUUCCAGAUAGAGUCGGGUGAAGAUGCACAAGAGGAAUUCGGCUGGAAAUUGGUGCACGGCGACGUGUUCCGCCCUCCGCGCAAAGGGAUGCUGCUCUCCGUUCUCCUUGGCUCCGGUGUUCAAGUGUUCUUCAUGACGUUAGUCACGCUAGCAUUCGCUUGUCUGGGCUUCCUCUCGCCGGCUAAUAGAGGCGCCCUCAUGACUUGCGCGAUGGUGUUGUACGUCUGCCUGGGAACUACCGCGGGUUACGUGGCCGCCCGGAUAUACAAGAGCUUCGGCGGGGAGAAGUGGAAGUCCAACGUGCUAUUAACGUCUAUGCUGAGUCCUGGAAUCGUGUUCAGCUUAUUUUUCACGAUGAACUUGAUAUUCUGGGUGAACGGGAGCUCAGCUGCGGUGCCUUUCAGCACUCUGAUCGCACUGCUGGCCCUAUGGUUCGGCGUGUCCGUGCCGUUAACUUUCAUCGGCGCUUAUUUCGGCUUCAAGAAAAGGGCUUUGGAACAUCCGGUAAGAACGAAUCAGAUACCCCGGCAGAUACCGGAGCAGAAUUUUUAUACGCAGCUGAUACCCGGGAUCGUCAUGGGGGGUGUCUUACCAUUCGGUUGCAUAUUCAUACAGCUGUUCUUCAUACUUAAUUCCCUCUGGUCGAGCCAAGUGUACUACAUGUUCGGUUUCCUCUUUUUGGUUUUCCUUAUACUUGUUAUCACUUGUUCUGAGACGACGAUUUUGCUUUGCUACUUCCAUCUUUGCGCGGAGGAUUACCACUGGUGGUGGCGCAGUUUUCUCACAUCCGGCUUUACUGCUAUCUACUUGUUAAUUUAUUGUAUACACUUCUUCUUUACGAAAUUAGACAUCGUAGGCGCCACUUCCACGUUCCUGUACUUUGGAUACACGUUCAUUAUGGUUUACUUAUUCUUCCUUUUAACAGGUUCAAUCGGUUUCUUCGCCUGCUUUUGGUUCGUGCGAAAAAUUUAUAGUGUUGUGAAGGUUGACUAAAUAAAGAAAACUGAUGGCGAGAACAACGUCUGUAUAAUGAGUGUGGAUACGAGCGAGUGAAACUGUUCGCAACGGGAAUGAACGAUAGUCGGGGCGUUACGCGAAUUCGCGUUAUAAAAAGGAGAAAAACAAAGAAUCUUAACGGGACGAUAAUUAGCGAACGAUAGUGCCAUUCGCCGAGCUGUUAUCGUUGAAACAUCUAUUGUCUCGAAUAUCGUCACGAUGUUCGUAACGAUAAAUAAUAAUUUAUUUUGUUAACGCGCACGAAGGAUUACGAUUUCGAAGGACGAUACCGCAUCAGCAUCGUGGUCGACUAUCAGUCAUUCUACGGAAAUAUUCUCUCGAAUAAUCGUCACACACACACAGCAUACGUCGUGCGUGUCGAUGAGACAUGUGUUUUAGGUAUUCGUGAAAAGUAUCUAUCGCAUAAGCACUUGAUUUUCAUUCGUUUCCUUGUUCUCGCGAAAUUCUUGGCCUACGUUGAGAAACGGUACACUGUGUUUAGCAUGUCUCGGAUUAGAUAACGGUAAGAAUCGAUGUCUCACGCCAAACUGAUACUGAUUAUAUCGAUUGCUGUUCGUACCUUUCAUCGAGUUUAUCGGCGUAUCCGAAAUUGUGCGCGUCUCUGCGUAAAAUUUACCAAGAGUAUUCGAUUGUAACGAUGUACAUAUUGAUUCCAUGGUUUUACUCGCGUGGUCAUUUUUUCUUUUCAAAUUACAAAUCUACGAAUUAAGUGUAUUAUAUAUAUACACACACACAUAUAUAUAUACACACACCAAUUAAAAAAAAAUGUACAGAUCGAAAAUUAACUUAAUCAUUAAAUCUGAUGUACUUUCUGUUAUCA